AUGUUGGAUCUAUUGGCCCCUCUACUCUACACAAAUGAAGAGGGGUUGGAUGAGGACAACCGGAACUAUGGUAUUGCUUCUAUUGUUGACAACUUGGUCAGCAAAGUAGAAGCUGACGAAUACCCUCUCAGGGUCCUUCCUCGGCUUGAUGAAGAUUUUGUGUGGAGAACUCCUUCUAGAAGUGGGAUACCUCGAGAACUCCCUCCCCUGAAGCCAGUUAAACCUCGCCCGGGUCCUCCUCCACCUGAGGUCAAGCAAUGGUUGCAGUCACAUCUUAAUUUGGACGAGACAUGUCUGAGGGAUGAUCCGACGGGCAGAAGCGAGAUCGAAGCCCUUAUAAUGCGUCACUGGGAUAUCUUUGACUACGACGGCCGUAAUUUGCCUGAGAUGACUGGUGUGUUUCAUGAAAUACAACUCAUCGAGGGAGCGCAGCCUGUUUAUUGCGCUCCCUAUAGAAUGUCCCCUGACCAAAAGCGGGCUCUCGAAGAUCAUGUCAAAGACCUCCUCGCUCAGAAUGUGAUAGAACCGUCUCAGAGCGACUGGCAGUCUCCCGUGAUGUUCAUCGGGAAAAAAGGGGGAGGAUGGAGGGUUGUUCAGGAUUUUAGGAAAUUGAAUCAACUUACCCAAAUCCCUAGAUACCCCCUUCCCCUAGUGGCGCAGGUUCUUGACGAGCUGAGCACAUCUCGAGUGUAUUCCGCAUUUGAUGCCCGAUCAGGCUUUUGGCAAGUGCCCUUAGCACCUGCCUCACGGCAUCUAACUGCUUUUGGUACACACAUCGGUCAGUUCCAAUGGCGUCGGAUGCCUAUGGGCCUGUCAGGAAGUCCUCCGACGUAUCAACGUGGUAUGAACCGCUCUUAUGCGGCUAUCUUGUACAAAUGUUGCAUUCUAUAUCUCGAUGACGCGAUUUUGUAUAGUCUUUUGGUGAGUGGUCACUUCGAAGUGUUGGAAGUAUUCUUCGAUCUAACCCGUGAUGCUGAUAUCACGCUCACGGCGAGGAAGAUGCAACUCUUUCGUACUUCCCUCAAAUAUGUUGGGAUGCUCAUAUCGAACGACGGAGUACGCAUGGACGAUACCAAAGUAAAAGCCAUUUUGGACAUGCCCGUGAAUAGCAAAUCAUCAAUGAAGGCCAUCCGCAGUUUCCUAGGAGCCACCAAUUACUUCCGUAAAUGGCUGAAGGACUACUCGCGGGUGACCGCGCCAUUACGGCGAGUUCUGAAGAAGGAUGCUGGCGGCUGGGACGAAGAAUGUGACAAGGCGGUGGCUCAGCUCAAGCGCCUGUUGACAUCUGAUCCACUGUUGGUGUGGCCGGAUUUUACGAAGGAGUUCGAGCUGCAUACAGAUGCAUCAGAUAUAGGGUAUGGGGCGAUUCUGGUGCAGCGUGACGAAGAGGGGCGAGAACGUGUGAUCGCCUUUGGGUCGCGCGCCGUGGGGGAGUCUGAGAAGUCUUGGACGGCGCAGGAGAAAGAAUGUUUCGCCGUCAUUGUAUUUACGGAGGAGUUCCGGCCAUACCUACAAGAUCGUCCAUUUAAGCUGGUAACAGACGCUGCCAAUUUGAAAUGGUUGCUUACUACCGAACACACUACUCAGCGGCUUAUGAGAUGGGCCAUCCGUCUAUCUGCAUAUGGUAUUGAGAUCGUUCACCGCGAGGGCAAAUUGAAUGCAGUGGCAGACAUGUUGAGUCGCAAUGUUCCUGCAUCUAUGGCCAGUGGCUGUCCUAACGCCGGAGUGACUGUGGGCUCUAUUGCAUGUGAACGAGGGACGCAAAAUGCUGAGAAUUACCUCGAAGCUCUCAAUGACCGAAAUGCCGACAUCGUCAUGGUCUCUGGCCCCGCUGGAACUGGGAAAUCUAUGCUUGCAUGUCAAGCAGCAGCGAAAGCUUUGCGGGAUGGGGUGGUCAGGCAGAUCGUGAUCACUCGGCCGGUAGUUCCCGUCGGUCGUGAUAUCGGUUACAUCAAGGGGUCUGUCGUUGAUAAGAUGUCAAUGUGGAUUAAGCCAUUACUCUCUUACUUGUGUAAGUUCUUAUCCGACGAGAGAGUCCGGGAAUUGCAGGCUACUGGCGGUAUCCAGGUGAUCCCGAUAUCAAUGAUCCGGGGCUUUUCAUUUGAGGAUACUUGGAUAAUUGUCGAUGAAGCGCAAAAUUGCUCCCCAUCUGAACUCUGGGCCGUUCUAACUCGACUUGGAACUGGUAGCCGCAUGGUGGUUAUCGGAGAUAUGUUUCAAUGUGACCUACAGGGAAAGUCUGGUUUUGAAGAGGUUAUGUCGAAGGUACUGGCGUUGGCGGGGUCGGAAGGUGCCCGUAUUCGUUGUGUCCAGCUAUCCCACGUGGAUUGUAGGAGGUCGCCAGUGGUGAAAAUGCUGCUGAAGUUGAAGCAUGGAGCAAAUGGUUCCGAUAGUUGUCGAGGGCAACACAUUGAGCACAAGUCAAGCUACUUGUCCUAUGACAGCCUCGAUAGUCACAUAACUGAGGCCGUUCAGGAAUGGAUAGGGCAUACAGGAGGUAUCAUAUCUGUCUCGAAGGGAUCCUUAGGCCUCUCGCCCGAAACCUGGGAGAUGCGUCAUGUGCUUCGGAGUAUCCUCAAUUCAGCAGGGGUGGUAAAGAUGCGUGCGUUGUUCGAUGCUGUGAGAGUGGAGCGCGAGGGCCUACGUUUCCUUCAACAACACGGUGUGCUGGACAUGGACACUGCGAUAGUGGCUCUAGACAUAGGCUUCACGCUGUCUGCCGGGGUGGAUAUAUCGUCAUCGUCUUUUCUUCCGGGUGUGGCGCCUGAGUUGAUAGAAUGGGUCGGGCCGACGGUGAUCGAUGCUCUUGAGGAUGCUGCUCAAGGAUACUAUUCGUCGAGAUACCUGAUCUGUGGUGCCACUUCCAACGAGGCUCGCGACUCAGCGGAAGCAGGAGUACAUCACAAGCCCGUCAGAGAAUAUCGCUCUGAACCGGCAGUGGGCAAUACUCGUCGUCGAGUAGCUUACCAAGACCCCUGCCAAAAAUAUGGGUGUACAAGAACGGCUAUGUUCUCAGAUGAGGGUCUUCGACUAUGUAAAUACUGUGUUGACCUCUGCCGGAAUGAUUUCUGCAGACGCCCCCGAGCCUCAUCUUCGCUUUAUUGCACGAACUGUAAGAGAAGUUUCGGUGAGGGUGAGGCGGUAUUUGAAGGUUUGGAAGCAGCCAUGGACGUCGGGGGCCAGGAAGCAGAGGCCGAGAGCGAUGGUGAGGUGUCCAAUGAUAUCCAGCGCUCGCUCGACGCCCUGCUGAUCUCGGAUCUUCAGCGGCAGAAUCCCUCUCCAGAAACCCUGAGAUACGUGAAGAAGCUUCAGGAGGAAGAUCCUGAGAUAUAUCCGGUUAUCAAGUAUCUCAAUGGGGAUUGCGCAGGAUUAACUAAGGAGGCGGUUAUGAAAGUUCGGGCCAAGGCAGAGCGCCAUUACUUAGACCAGCUGCUGAGACGGACGCAGUACGAUGAGUCGUUAGACAUCGUGCUACAUCAAGUGGUGGUGCCGAAAGCAUUGAGGGCGUCCUUACUCGAUUUCUAUCACACUGGCGUGGAAAAUGGACAUCCAGGGCGCUAUGGGAUGUACAAUUUGUUGAGAAAGCAGUUCUAUUGGAAGGGAAUGUGGCGAGACUGCUCUGAGUGUGUCCGCCGUUGCCUCACAUGUCGCAGCAUCAGCAGAGGUCCUACGGCUUAUGGCAAUGUUCAACAACAUUCUCGUUAUACCAGUUCUGCGAUGAAACGAGUAGGCGUGGACUUGGUUGGGCCGAUAUAUCUUCCAGAGCAUGUCCGCGAGAAGGAUGUGGAAUACCCCCUAUACUGUUUGACUAUGCUCGAUGUUUAUACGGGAUGGUUGGAGUUAGCGCCACUCUAUACGAAGGAGGCGAAGGAAGUUGCGCAGAGCAUCGUGGAUAACUGGAUAUUACGGCAUGGCCCCUUCGCUGAGCUUCUCUCUGAUCGCGGAGGCGAGUUCCUCAACGAUACUAUGACUCACAUCUGUCGUAUCUUGAGAAUCACGCAUUUGGUGUCCUCCGGUCAUCGCCCUCAGACUAACGGGUGCACUGAGAGAAUUAAUCAAGAACUUAUUCGUAAGCUAAAAAUUUGGGCCGAGGAGUUUGAAGGGGAAUGGUGGCGUGCGUUGCCCGUCGUGCAGCAUGCGUUAAGGAUCAUUCCCCGGCGUGACUGUGGGUUUUCUCCUUUUGAGUUGCUCUAUGGUCGUGUUCCUCAUACGAUGCUUGACCAAAUGCUUCAGGACGUCCUGUCGCAGGUUCAGCCUGAUGUUGAUGACUAUUACAUCAAGCUAAAGCGCACCCUCAACAAAAUUCGUGAUCGUUUCGCUUCGCUGCGUAGUUUCUCUCAGGAUAGGCGAGAGGAGGAAUGGAACGAAGAUGCUCAGGUCGAAUCCUUUCCGAUAGGAAGCUAUGUCCUAUAUUACAGGGAACUUGGUGAUCUGAAAGGUGGUUCUGCUAAGCUUAUUCGUCGGUGGCACGGGCCCUAUGUAGUGGUCGAAAGGCGAAGCGCUGUAAACUAUCUGCUGGCAGAUAGUCUAGAUCCUACUUGCAGAUGGCUCGAUUCUUUUGUUGCCCACACCAAUUGUAUGUUGAAGUGUCCUGAAGAUUUGAAGCCUCACUUCGAAUCUAAAUAUACCGUCCCUCCUCCAUCUGAUUUAUGGGAUCUUAAUGUAAUUCCGGAUUCUGUCAAGAUUGGUGACAUCUUGCUUGUGGCCGGUGCGAGUGGUGAUCGUUCUAUGUGGCAUGUUGGGCGAGUUAUCGAGCGUCAUCCUGACAACGGUCGCAUUCUUUUACACCUCUUCGCUGUACCCAAAGAGUCCCACUUUACCACCACUCGGCCAGGACCCUUCCGCCCUUCCUAUAAGCACCGCUUGAAUGGUGGUCUCUUCGUGACAAAAGGUAAAGUGAAUGGGCGUACAUUUCGUAUGCGUGUAUGCGAUGUUACUGGUAACAAUAUAGUCAGGGUUAAUGUCCUUGAUUCUCGAGAUUAUCUUUGCGCUUCGGCGACAGCAGACUUGGAGCUUUAUGGUCUUGCUGAUUCCCCGAGUUCAUCUUAG